UUCCCGCUAGGACGUUCGAGUCACGAGACCUACGUACACGUGUGGCUUAAUUAAAGCGCGACCCGAGUUGUAUUGGUGGCUUUGGUAAUUUUAUUAUAAACGAAACCGCAGACGUAUUCUUCGGAAGAAAGCGCGAUAGCAGUGCGUUGUAUAUGUGAUAAUUUCCGCUGAGCAGACUGUUCUUUUUAGUUGGCUUCAGACAAGUUGCUCUCGUCGGGAAAGUGACGUUUUUCGUAGAUCAAGAAAUCGUUUGGGAUUUACCACAGAACAAUUUCUAAAAACACGAGGAUGGAGGAAAAAUAUAAAAUCGUUUAAAGCUGAUAAUUGGAAGUUUUUGUUUUGAAUCAUUUGGAGUAAGACAUGAAGAACAUAAGUAAAGAGCAAGUUCAGCUACUACUACAUAACAAAUUUGUGGUUAUCCUGGGUGACUCCAUUCAACGCUCGGUUUAUAAAGAUCUAGUGUUGCUGUUACAGAAGGACCGUUAUCUUACACAGUCUCAGCUCAAAGAAAAGGGAGAACUAAACUUUGAGUGUGAUCAGCUGGUUGAAGGUGGAAAGAUUGGUGGACUGAACAAUGGUACAGCAUACAGAGAGGUGCGGCAGUUUUGCACUGCUCAUCACUUAGUUCGGUUCUACUUCCUGACCCGUAUUUAUUCAACCUAUAUGGAAAGUAUCCUUGCUGACUUCAAAGCUGGCCCUCCACCUGAUGUUGUCAUUAUGAACUCCUGUGUGUGGGAUGUUUCUCGGUAUGGCAUAAAUUCAAUGAAGGAAUAUAGAAUGAAUCUGGAAAAGUUCUUUAUGCGGUUAAAAGAGAUCCUACUUCCAGAGUGUUUGAUUAUAUGGAACUUAACAAUGCCACUUGGCAAAAAAGUGUACGGUGGCUUUCUUGUCCCAGAGAUCCAACACAUGGAAAAGACCUUGCGCUCUGACAUAAUUGAAGCCAAUUUUUAUAGUGCCACACUUGCAGAUUCUCAUAAAUUUGAUGUCCUGGACCUGCAUUACCACUUUCGUUUUGAACUACAGAAUCGUAUGAAAGAUGGAGUUCACUGGAAUCAACUUGCACACCGAAAGCUCACCUUUCUUUUGUUGGGACACAUAGCAGAAGCCUGGAAUGUUGAUCUUCCAGACAACAAAUUGGAAAAUCCUUGCAAGAAUUCUAGUGAUGUGAUGGUGACUCUUACUCCUCUGUCAGACAUCAGAAUCGUAUCUCAUCCUACAUCUGCAAAAAGCUCUCCAACAGAUUUCAGCUGCAGAAUAAAUGUGCAAGUUGGUUCAUCUCAGCAGGCUUCUACAGAUUCUGUGUUAAAGAAAUCUCAUAAGAAAGGUAAAAAGCAAAGAAAACAGAAGGAAAAUCUGUGGCACAGUUAUACAAGGCAAAGAAGGCAGUUUAAAAAUUUAGGUCAGUGUAGUAAUGGAAAUAUGGGAUUUGAGCAUCCUUAUUUUGAUCAUGGACAUUUCCCAGUCCAGGCUCCAGAAAUGCAUCAUGCACCACGUAAUGGACCUUCAUGGAUGGAUAUUUGUCAUCCCCCUAAUCGGUAUUUUAAUAACCAUGCAAUGGGCAUGAUGCAAGGAAUGCAUACCUUCCAAAAUAUUGGCACCUUCUGGAAUGAGAACAUGGCCUACAAUGAUUCACAUUUAUACAACAGAGAAGUCGAUCACUACUUUUCAGGAAACGGCUUUGCUCAAAAUGACGGCCCUUAUUUUGGGGAGUUUGUGCAGCCCCCGAGGCACCGUUUUGUCAUGAGGAGUCGGCCCACUCGGAUGCCCGUUUCACCCUACAGUGUGCCCAGGGGGGCUCCGUUUUACAGAUACUGA